AUGGAGAGCCAGCGGCUGUCCUCCUACGGCCGCCGCUUUGGCGCUGCCACCCCGGUGUACCGGGUGCUCCCCGCCAGCCCCCCAGCCCGGCUCCGGGCCCCCCGCAGCACCCAGCCGGGUCUCCGCGUGGGUGCCCGCCUGGGGUCGGGCAAGAUGGACUUCUCGCUGGCUGCGGCGCUCAACUCAGAGUUCAGGGAGACGCGCACCAACGAGAAGGUGGAGAUGAUGGAGCUCAACGACCGCUUCGCCAGCUACAUCGAGAAGGUCCGGCUCCUGGAGCAGCAGAACAAGGUGCUGGUGGUGGAGCUGAACCAGGCGCGGGACCAGGAGCCCUCGCGUCUGGCCGACGUCUACCAGGAGGAGCUGCGUGACCUGCGGCGCCACGUGGAGCAGCUGGCCACCGCCAAGGCCCGUCUGGAGAUCGAGAGGGACAACCUUGCCGAGGACCUUGGCAGCCUCCAGCAGAAGCUGCAGGACGAGGUGACCCUGCGGCUGGAGGCCGAGAGCAACCUGGCUGCCUACAGGCAGGACGUGGACGCUGCCGCCUUGGCUCGCCUGGACCUGGAGCGGCGGGUGGGGACCCUGCAGGACGAGAUCGCCUUCCUCCGCAAGGUCCACGAGGAGGAGCUGCGGGAGCUGCAGGAGCAGCUGGCCCGGCAGCGGGUGCACGUUGAGGUGGACGCAAGCAAGCCGGACCUGACUGCCGCCCUGCGUGACAUCCGCAGCCAGUACGAGGCCAUGGCCGCCAGCAACGUCCAGGAGACGGAGGAGUGGUACAAGUCCAAGUUCGCAGACCUGACGGACGCAGCCGCCCGGCACGCAGAGGCCCUGCGCGCGGCCAAGCAGGAGGCCAACGAGUACCGGCGGCAGCUCCAGGCCCUCACCUGCGACCUGGAGGCUCUGCGGGGUUCGAACGAGUCCCUGGAGAGGCAGCUGCGGGAGCUGGAGGAGCGCUACGCCCUGGAGACAGCCGGCUACCAGGACACGGUGGUGCGGCUGGAGGAGGACAUCCGCAGCCUCAAGGAGGAGAUGGCCCGGCACCUGCAGGAGUACCAGGAUCUGCUCAACGUCAAGCUGGCCCUUGACAUCGAGAUUGCCACGUACCGCAAGCUGCUGGAGGGCGAGGAGAGCAGGAUCACCAUCCCUGUGCAGAGCUUCUCCAACCUGCAGAUCCGAGAGACCAGCCUGGACACUAAAUCCACGUCAGAAGCCCAUCUGAAGAGGAGCAUCGUGGUCAAAACUGUGGAGACCAGGGAUGGAGAGGUGAUCAAGGAGUCCAAGCAGGAGCACAAGGAGGUGGUGUAG